AUGUCGUUCGAGGAUGCUGCUGCGCUUCCACUGACCUUCCAGACGGCCUGGGAGGGGUUGGUAGAGGGGAUGAAUGCACAGAAGGGUAAGAGCCUUUUUGUCCUCAACGGCGCGGGCGGCCUAGGUUCCAUCGUCAUCCAGCUGGGAAAGCAUCUUGGUCGCACUGUCGUUGCCUCUGCCUCACGCCCGGAAACCGUGGAAUGGUGCAAGAAGAUGGGUGCGGACCACGUAAUCAACCACCGGGAAGACUUGGCCUCCGAGCUCUCGAAGGUUGGCGUCGCUUCCGUGGACUACAUCUUCAACUGCCACGAAAACGACCGCCUGGGAGAGCUAUUUAAGUUGAGCGUGGACGGCAAGGUUGCAAUCACCUUCAAUGCGACCCACGAGCAUUUCGCCUCGGUGGACCUGCUGACUAUGUGGAUGAGACGGCAGAGCUUCGUGAACGUGAUGAUGUUCGCGCGGUGCAUGAACGAAGCCCAGCCUGAGACAGUUGGUGGCGUCAUGGAAACAUGUGCCAAAUUAGCAGACAGCGGCAUCAUCAAGACCACUGCAACAACAAAACUCAAUGGCCUAGAGGAGACUUUCACAGUUCAGGGUUAG